ACUGGCACUGCCCUGUUUGUUUGCUUUUUAAUGCCCGGCCAGGCCGCCGCACUCAUCUCCUUCCUCCAUCCGAAACCAACUGACAUCGCCCCGCAGCCAAGAAGCUCGGCUCAGCUCAGCUCAGUUGGUUCCUCCAUUUUGAGUGGAGGACUGACUGUCUCGCGAUGCUGAUGGGGUUCCCCGUGGGGUACUCGGAGACGCCCAAGCUGCUGCUGCACCUCCUCUUCCUCCUCGACCACCUGCGCCGCCUCUCCUCCUGGCUGCUCCGCCUCGCGGGCGCCGCCGACGCCGACGCCGACACCGACGCCGGCCACCCUCGCCACCCCUGCGCCGCCGCCCAGCGCCUGGAGGAGCACUCCCCCGCGGUGCGCUUCGACUCGCUGUCGUGCGGAAGCGGAGGAGGGGUGACGGCGCCGCGCCCGCUGCCCGAGGGCUGCUGCGUCUGCCUGGGCGACUUCCACGCCGCCGCCGAGGUGCGCCGCGCCCGGGGCUGCCGCCACGUCUUCCACCGCGCCUGCCUCGACCGCUGGGCCGCGCACGGCCACCGCACCUGCCCGCUCUGCCGGACGCCGCUCCUCCCGCCGCUGCCGCUGCCCCUGCCCCUGCCCCUCCCGCUGCCGCCGUCGUAGCGAUCCGGAUUACCUCCUACCUGUUGGGCCUUUGUGCAAAAAAGUAACCUUCCACUCCACUGGGCUUGGCAGUUGGCUGGCUCUCUUGGGUUUGUUAUGAUUUUUGAGAAAUUGCAGGGCGCUCCGUGUGAAAAGGGGCUCCCUAGUGUGCUCUGUUCUAGGAAAAGGCUGAAGCCUGAAAGAGGGAGCAAAUAUGGUGAUAGACAGACAAUAGGUUACUACUUACUAGGGCAAAGUUAAAACGGGGGAAACAAAGUACGUUCUUGUUACAUACACGUAGGUAGGUAGAAUCAAUUUGGCAAGAGAUGUGUCUCUGCUCAUUUUCUUUUUUUUCUACUCUCUAUAAAAUAUUUUUGUUCCUUUUUUUGGUAUGUGUGUGUUUCCUCUCCAGUGUGGGUGAAGAUGAUGUAUACAUACAUGCCCUCUGAUUUUCACUGUUUUUGUGGGUCAAAUUUAUAUAACAAAGUAUUAUAACGUGUA